GACACCCCGACCUAUCUCCUGAGGGCGAGCCGGAGGAAUACGCAGAGGUCAAUUCCAGAAGUUCCCGUUCGAGACGUUACAACUCCUACAAGUCGCCAGGUCCUUCCACUCGCCAGGGGCCAUCGGCAGGUCGAGCGGGCGGCGCCAACGCCCAGGCGGGACGUUCCAGCAGGUCCGGCUCCAACCCCGGGGGAUCUUCCCUGGACAGACCCGACACCGUGACCCGGAAGACGGCAGAUCGGGGGAGCGAGAUGUUCUCCUGCUCCGAAUGCGGCAAAAGCUUCACCUCGAAAUCCAGCCUGCGCGGCCACCAGAAGCUUCACACGGGGGAGCGGCCGUUUUCGUGCUCCGUGUGCGCCAAAACCUUCAUACGGAGGACCCACCUCAACAUACAUCAGACCACUCACGUGGGCGAGCGGCCGUUCAAGUGCACCGAGUGCGGCAAGGGCUUCUCGCAGAACUCGGACCUCCGCAAGCACCUGUUUAGCCACUCGGGCGAGUUCCCGUUCUCCUGCGGCGACUGCGGCAAGGGAUUCCCCCGCAAGUCCGAGCUCAUCAGGCACCGGCGGUCGCACACGGGCGAGCGUCCGUACGAGUGCACGGAGUGCGGGAAGUGUUUCAUGGAUAAGUCGCAGCUGACCGCGCACAAGAGGUAUCACUCGGGUGAGAGGCCGUACAUAUGCUCGGAAUGCGGCAAGAGCUUUGCCGGCAAAUCGGAAUUGAACAGGCACUGGAGCGUCCACAGCGGCUUGAAGCCGUUUUGGUGCUUCGAGUGCGGGAAAGGUUUUACGCUGAAGAGCAGCCUCGUCACCCACCAGAGGAGGCACGCGGGAGACAUGCAGUAUUCGUGCGCCGAGUGCGGCAAAAGCUUCGUCGCCAGGUCAGCGCUGGCCCGGCACGAGGUGAUCCACACCGGGAUAAAGCCGUAUCCUUGUUCCAAGUGCGAUAAAAGCUACCUCGACAAGUCCCAGCUCAUCAAACACGAGCUAGUGCAUGCGAAAGCGCAGUCCUAG